UGCCCACGAGCUGCGCCAGCAGGCCGCCGCCGCCAGGGGGGAGUGUUGCGCCCGUGCGCGGGGCUCAUGCGACGCCUCUCUGUCACAGCGUCGUCGCCCCCUCGCCGGGCCUAGUGCGCCUGCGCGAGUCCGCGGAGACCUUGGAGGCGCGGCCGCCGGGGACGAGGCGCUCGGACGCGAGGUUAAAGCUGAGGCGGCCGGAAAAUGCAGAGCUGGAGCCGGGUCUGCUGCGCGCUCGCCCAGAGAAGCCAUUUUAAUCGAAUCCAUCAUGGCCUACAGGGGAUUUGUGCAGUGUCGCUGAGGAGCUAUACUGAUCUAGCUGAUGCUGACAUCACAGUUAUUGGUUCUGGGCCUGGAGGAUAUGUUGCUGCUAUCAAAGCAGCCCAACUUGGCUUUAAGACUGUUUGUGUGGAGAAAAAUGAAACGUUGGGUGGAACCUGUUUGAAUGUUGGCUGCAUUCCUUCCAAGGCUUUGCUGAACAAUUCACAUCUGUAUCAUUUGGCCCAUGGAAAGGAUUUUGCUAGUAGAGGAAUUGAAAUUACAGGAAUCCACUUGAAUUUAGAGAAGAUGAUGGAGCAGAAAAGUGGUGCAGUGAAGUCCUUGACAGGUGGAAUUGCCCAUUUGUUUAAACAGAACAAGGUCAUACAUGUGCCUGGAUAUGGAAAAAUAACUGGCAAAAACCAAGUCACAGUAUCCAAAGAGGAUGGUAGCACUCAGGUUAUCAAUACAAAGAAUAUCCUCAUAGCCACAGGUUCAGAAGUUGCUCCCUUCCCUGGAAUUACGAUUGAUGAAGACACAAUUGUAUCAUCAACUGGUGCACUGUCCCUGAAACAAGUCCCUGAAAAGAUGGUUGUAAUUGGUGCAGGAGUCAUUGGUGUGGAAUUGGGUUCAGUUUGGCAGCGUCUUGGUGCAGAUGUGACAGCCGUUGAGUUCUUGGGCCAUGUUGGUGGAAUGGGUAUUGAUAUGGAGAUCUCUAAAAACUUUCAGCGCAUCCUUCAGAAACAAGGACUCAAAUUUAAACUAAAUACCAAGGUUACUGGUGCCACCAAGAGGCCAGAUGGAAAGAUUGAUGUUUCUAUUGAAGCAGCUGCUGGUGGAAAGACAGAAGUAAUCACCUGUGAUGUAUUACUUGUUUGCAUUGGUCGACGUCCUUUUACUCAGAACCUAGGGCUGGAAGAUAUUGGAAUUGAACUUGAUAACAAGGGUAGAAUCCCAAUCAAUACCAGAUUCCAAACCAAAAUUCCAAACAUCUAUGCUAUUGGUGAUGUAGUUGCUGGGCCAAUGUUGGCUCACAAAGCUGAGGAUGAAGGCAUUAUCUGCGCUGAGGGGAUAGCUGGAGGUGCAGUUCACAUUGACUAUAACUGUGUGCCCUCAGUGAUUUACACACACCCUGAAGUUGCCUGGGUUGGCAAAUCAGAGGAACAGUUGAAAGAGGAGGGGACAGAAUACAAAAUUGGAAAGUUCCCAUUUGCUGCUAACAGCAGAGCUAAGACUAAUGCUGACACAGAUGGCUUGGUGAAGAUACUUAGUCAGAAAACAACAGACAGGAUGCUGGGUGCUCACAUUCUAGGCACAGGUGCUGGGGAGAUGGUUAAUGAAGCUGCUCUUGCUAUGGAAUAUGGAGCAUCAUGUGAAGAUGUAGCCAGAGUUUGCCAUGCCCAUCCAACUGUGUCAGAAGCCUUCAGGGAAGCAAACCUAGCAGCAUCUUUCGGCAAAGCUAUCAACUUCUAAAAUGCAAGCACAAUCAUUUGUACAUAUAUAGCACAUUUCUUCUGAAAAUGGACUGUUGGCUUUUGCAGAAGAUUGAGUCUUUGAGUAUUUCUAGAACUGAAUUAAAUGAAUUUCUUUUGUUUAAACAUCAAAUAUUUAAACACAUAGGGUUUGGAACAAGUGGAAUUAUCCAGUUGCUGUAUAUUAAUACACUUAGAAACUUGUUUGUGCAUCAUGGAGUGUUUCAGAAAACAAGCUUAAGAGACAAUAAUUUAAAAACAAAACAAAACACAUUUCACGGUUGCACAGCAUAACCAGGAACACUGGCCCAAACUCUUGGCUAAUACUGUCCUGCGUAUCUGGUAUGUUCUUAUUUGAAAUACUGAUAUUCCAGUGGAAUGCUGGCACUUAAAAAUGCCACUGUCACCUCUGCACAAAGAUGUUGUGACAUUCUUUUAUGUGAAAUCUUUCACUAUAUAUUUUUUUUUUCUGAAAUGCAGAAGCCAAACCUUUUGGUUACUUUGAUCUAGUAGAGUUGGGAUUUCUUGGAUGAGGCUAUUUACUGUAGGUGAAUUGAAGCUUAUCUUUAUUUGUAGAAAGCUAGGCUGGCAGU